GAUCCUGUCUGUGAGUAUCCUCGUGGUUUGUGCCAGCGCUUGCUGCACUCGACAUGUCGCCAAGUAUUUUGUGGAUCCCCGGAGAGGUCUUCACAAGUACGUCCUGCUGACGUUGAUUUGCCUCUUCAUUCCGGGGCCGUACUUCCACGAUGGGUUGCUCCAGAGCUUCAAGACUCCCAUCUGUGAGGGGAUGCGACUGUCCAAUGCCGACUUUGCUUCUCUCUUUGUGGUGAGCUCCUUUACAGGGAUUUUGUGCUCCCCGGGCUCCCUAAUGAUCUCCCGCUUCGGGCGCACCCGAACGGCCAUCGCCGCCAGCUUCCUGGCGGCCAUUGGAUCCAGUGUGACAACGCUGGGAUUCGUAUGGACAAGUUUAGCCGCGAUGUGGCUUGGGCGUUUCCUCUUUUGGCUUGGCCUGAACGUGCUGCUGAUGGUGCAGACGAUUCUGGUCUACGACCUCUUUAAAGGAAGAGGUCUGAGCUGUGCGAUGACGACCAUCGUGUGCUCCAUCAGACUGGGAGGCAGCAUGUCAUAUCCACUCUCUGGACCAAUGUUGAGCCAGAUUGGAAUUGUGGCUUCUCUAUGGUUCUCAGUCGCCUUGGUGGUGGGAGCAUUUCUCUCCACUUUGCUUUUCGGCUACCUUUUUCGAUGGACUGCUACAGCGCGCGCUGUUCGUCCCAUGCUGGAACGCAGAACACCACGGUCAAGCAUUGAAUUUUCGCUGAUCAAACACCUUCCGAAAACUGUCAUUAUCUUCUUAUCAGGUAUUGCCGCAAUUUGGGGUGUGGUCUUCCCAUUUGAAGUGGUCGGUGACGACAUGUUGCAACGGGAAUUCGGCUACUCUGCUGACAAUGCUGGCUUCAUCAUUGCAGCCGCACCCAUGGUGUCCAUCUUCAGCCCAGCCUUGGUUCCUUUCCUGGGCUCCACAUUGCACCAGAAACUGGUGGCCUUUCGCUUAGGGCUGGUGACUCUGAUGAUUGCCUUCCUGGUCAUUGGAAUUUUUCAGCUUGCCAUCUUGGGUGUGGUGCUGGUGGGCUUUGGUUAUGCUGUAUCGGUGAGCGCAUCCUACAGCUGUUUGCCAAUGGUGAUUGCUGCAUCUGCACCUGAAGAUGAGCAUCAAACUCAUAAGAAAAUGGAGAAAUUAGCUGUGAGAAUGAACAUGGCUGGUUCGGGCUUCAGCAUGAUCGUCUCGAACCUUACCAUCGGCGUGAUUAAGGACCAUGCAUCGUACAGAUGGGCGUGCUUUUUCUUAGCCGGCAUGGCCACAUGUGGCGUUGUGAGUGUAAGCUGGGUGCGGUGUUUCUGUCCUGAGCCAGUGUGGCUCCCCUCGGAACCAUCCAGAGAGAUGGAGGAGACUCCCACCCCAGGCGAGACUGAGCAGCCUCCCAAUUUGCAUCGCCCAUGUUCCGCUGGCGCCUUGGAGAUUGAGGAUGAAUACUACCAGGCAUCUGCUUGA